AUGUCUUCCAAGAAGGCAGAAGCUGAGGCAAGACAGCAAACAGCUGCUCACGGCUACGAGUUUGGCGGACCUCUCGGAGCUGCUGGCGUGUCAUUCGGCCUGCCUAUCCUUCUGUACCUCUUCACCUUCGCCUGCAACGACACCACGGGCUGCCCUGCCCCCUCGCUGCUCUCUCUCAAGACCAUCAACAUCGAACAGCUGAAGCGGGAAGCCGGAUGGCCUGCUAAUGGCAUCGCGGGGCUAUUUAGCCUGGAAGUUACUGGCUGGACACUGGCCUACUACCUCUUCAAUGCCAUCCUAUACCGCGUCCUUCCUGCGACGGUGGCCGAGGGCGUCGAGCUCUCUAGCGGUGGCAGGCUCAAGUACAGGCUGAACAGCUUCACCUCGAUCGUCUUUACUCUUGUUCUCUGCCUCGCCGGGACGAUCCAGCAGGGUGCUUCGUUCCCCGUCUGGACCUUUAUGACCGACAACUACGUCCAAAUCCUCACGGCCAACAUCUUGAUUUCGUAUGCCAUCGCUACCUUUGUCUACGUCAGGUCGUUCGCCGUCAAGGCUGGAAACAAGGACCUCCGCGAGCUGGCGGCAGGUGGCCACACCGGCAAUGUCAUGUACGACUGGUUCAUUGGGCGGGAGCUGAACCCUCGCGUCACCAUCCCUCUCAUCGGUGAGAUCGACAUCAAGGAGUUUCUGGAGCUUCGGCCCGGCAUGCUCGGCUGGAUCCUCUACAACUGUGCCCAUGUCGCCAAGCAGUACCGCACCUAUGGCUUCGUCUCGGACAGCAUCGUGUUCGUCACCCUCAUACAAGCCAUCUACGUCCUCGACGGCGUCUUUAUGGAGUCUGCCAUCCUGACGACCAUGGAUAUCACCACGGACGGGUUUGGCUGCAUGCUCUCGUUUGGAGACCUCGUCUGGGUCCCCUUCUCCUACAGCAUGCAGACCAGGUACCUCUCUGUCUAUCCCGUGACCCUUGGCCCAGUCUACCUGACAGGAAUGGCCGCCCUGCUUAUCACGGGAUACUCCAUGUUCCGCGCCGCCAACUCUCAGAAGAACAACUUCCGCACGAACCCGGACGAUCCUCGCGUGGCACACCUGACCUACAUAGAGACCAAGACCGGCUCGCGCCUGAUUACCUCGGGCUGGUGGGGCACUGCCCGUCACAUCAACUACCUUGCCGACUGGAUCCAGGCGUGGCCCUACAGCCUGCCCACGGGUGUGGCGGGCUAUCUCAUCCAGACGGCCGGCACCAACGCAGAGGGUGCGUUCAAAAUGGCCGACGGGAGGGAAGUAAUUCAGGGUGCCGCGCGAGGGUGGGGUAUGAUCUUCACAUACUUUUACGUCGUCUACUUCGCCGUGCUGCUGAUUCAUCGUGAUGGCCGGGAUGACGAGAAGUGCCACCGGAAAUAUGGAGAGGACUGGGAGAAGUACAAGAAGGUCGUGAGGUGGAGGAUCGUGCCAUAUGUCUAUUAA